CAUUUUAUUGCUUAAUUUCAUGGCUGCCUAUGUUUUGUAUUUCUUCUUCUUCUUUUUCUGCACUUCAACGACAUCAAACUCCACCUCCAAACCUAGGCACAAGUGGGUAGGACCCAUCGGCCAGCGUAAUAUCACUGUCGAUGUCAAUGGUUCCGGUAACUACACGACGGUUCAAGCAGCCGUGGACUCGGUUUCCGCAAAUAACCGAAAGAAUAUCCUCAUUCAUAUCUCCGCCGGUGUUUAUGUAGAAAAGGUGGUGGUUCCGGCAAGUAAACCAUACAUAACAUUCCAAGGGGAGGGGAAGAAUACGACGGUGAUACAAUGGCAUGACCAGGCAAGUGACCGUGGGCCCGACGGGCAGCUGCUGCGUACUUAUCGGACGGCUUCAGUCAUCGUCUAUGCUAGCUAUUUCUCUGCCCGUAAUAUUAGCUUCAAGAAUACAUCGCCAGCACCAUUGCCCGGAAUGCAUGGAUGGCAAGCAUCGGCAUUUCGAAUAUCGGGUGACAAAGCAUAUUUUUCUGGGUGUGGAUUUUACGGGGCGCAGGACACGUUAUGCGACGACACAGGCCGUCACUAUUUCAAGGAGUGUUACAUCGAGGGUUCGAUUGACUUCAUUUUCGGCAAUGGCCGUUCCAUGUACAAAGAUUGUGAGCUACACUCUAUAGCAAAUAGAUUUGGAGCAAUAGCGGCACAGGACAGACGAACCCCCGAUGAUAAGAGCGGUUUCGCUUUUGUUGGAUGUAGGGUGACCGGUAGCGGACCAUUGUACGUGGGUCGAGCCAUGGGUCAGUAUUCGCGGAUUGUCUACUCGAACACCUAUUUUGAUGACAUUGUUGCCCGCGGUGGGUGGGAUGACUGGGACCAUACUAGCAACAAAAGCAAGACUGUGUUUUUCGGAGUCUAUAGAUGUCGGGGUCCUGGUGCAGCAGCACUCCGUGGAGUCUCUUGGGCUCGAGAGCUAAAUUACGAUUCUGCCCAUAAGUUUCUUGCAAAGAGCUUCGUCAAUGGACGACAUUGGAUUGCCCCUUCUGAUGCUUAGAUUUAGUGAUGAAAUUAUCUAUUCUUUUAUUACGUUUGUUAGAUUAGAUUGAGGUUAAAUAGAUAUAUGAAAAAACGUAACAUUCUAAUUUUAUA